AUGUUUGGAAAGAAGGAUUUUCUGGGAAUGAUUGGGCUUCAAUUGGCAAUUGGCUUCAAGAAGAAAAAUGGAAACUAUUUACGUUCCUUGUGUGCUGAGAAGAUGGCUGGAGCGACGAAAGAAGACGAUUUCGAGUACAAUUCGGACAAGCAGAUUCUCUUCAAGGUUGGGAAAGUUAUUGGAAAGCGUUGGCAAAUUGAUAAGAAGUUGGACGAAGGAGGAUUCGGUCAAGUUUAUCAGGUGAUCGAUCUUCAGAACCGAAGUCGCCCAGCCGCUCUCAAAGUCGAAUCGGUGAUGAUGGAGGGUGGAUCUGCAAUUAAAUUAGAGAUCAACGUCUUGGAGCAAUGCAACAAGAGAAAGCAACUCACUCAUCUGCCGAUCUUGUUCUCCGCGAAGAAACAUGAGAAAUACGUUUACAUGGUGAUGGAGCUUCUAGGAAAGAAUUUACGAGACUUUAAGACUGCUUAUACAAAGGACUUGCUUCCUGAGAAAGAUUGGUCCCGAAUCGGCCUUCAAAUUUUACAUGCUGUCAAGUCAAUGCACGAUCGAGGUUUUGUUCAUCGGGAUCUCAAGCCAGCCAACAUCGUCUUUGGCCACCAAUCGAAUAUGGCCAAAUUUCGCACGAUUCAUGUGUUGGACUUUGGAUUGGCAAGGGGCUACGCCUUCUACAAGAAAGGACAUUGGACGGCACGAAAGGCUCGAUUGAGAAUCGAUUUCCGAGGAACAUUCCGAUAUGCGUCUCCUAAUAUGCACAGGGAUGAGGAUCUUGGUCGUCGUGAUGAUAUCUACUCGAUCAUGUACAUUCUCCUCGAGUUUAACGUCAGCCUACCAUGGCAAUUCGAGAAAGACAAGGACAAGGUUCAAAACUUGAAGUGGUUCUACGAAGACAAUCCAAAGAAGCUUUCGACCAUGUUACCUGCUGAGUUGGGCGAAGUGCUGCCACAUUUACGACAGCUCACGUUUUACUCUCGACCGAACUACUCAAUUCUCUACGAUGGAUUGUUGGCUGUGAUGAAACGCCACCGUGUCACAUUGAACGAUCGUUAUGUCCAUGAGCCCGAAGAUUUAUACAAGGAAUGGGUAAAAGCCGGUUCAAAACGUUGCCAAUGUGAGGAUAUGAGUGCAUUUAUGAAAGCCGAUCCGAUUCGAAUCAAUGGACCUCCAACUUCUUCAACGACAACGAUUCAGGAUCCUGGCCCAACCAAGGAAGACCCAAUGCUCGAAGGUAAAUCGGUGAACACGAAUCCGAGCGGACGCACAAAGAGUCAAUUUGAUCGUGGAUCAAGCGUGAGCACUCACACUAGCGGUAUGGCGAAUAGCAAGGGUACGCAGAAGAAA